UAACUCAAAAAUUCAUUCCAAUUUUUCGCCCUAAUUUUUUCCAAUUCCUCUUUUCAUAAUCUCUCGAUCCACUCUCCCUCUCUCUCAAAUCAACAAUGCCUUCUUCCAAUCCCCCGUUCAAAUCCCGACCAGAAUCCAAAUACACCAAGGCCAAGAGAGCUCUGCGUUCUCUCGCCGUCUCCGUCGCCAUUCCCGUUUCCCUAACAAUCGCCGUCAUCUUCCUCUUUGGCCGCUCCUCUCGCCAUUUCCCCAACCGUAACCGUCCGAUUUGGAUAGGCCCGCUCUGGCUCCUCCAACUUUCCUCCAUUGGCUCCUCCUUCCUGGUCGGCCUCGCAGCUUGGCUCGUUUGGGCGGACGGUGGUUUCCAUGGCGGUUCCAAUGCUCUUCCGCUCUACAUCGCGCACCUUUCUCUCAGCGUCGUUUGGAGUCCUCUGGUGCUUGUGAUUCGGUCUGUUGUGAUUGCGUUUUUGUUCUGUGUUUUGGAUUUUGUGACUCUGUUUGCUUGUUAUCGGGCGUUCGAGCGAGUUAAUCCUUUCGCUAAGGAUCUGAUGAAGCCUUGUUUGGCUUGGACUGCGUAUCUCUCUGCUGUUACGUAUGUGUUCAUUCAUCUUUGAUUGAGGUUUUUGAUCAUUUGGUGAUUUUUGAAAAGAUUUGUUUAUCACAUUGUUUUUGUAGUAGGACGUUGUAGAACUUUUUAUCAGUAAAAAGAAAUUGUUAGGAGAUUGAAAGGAAAGGUUGUAGAAGUAGUGGUAUAUGAUUUCGAUUCAUGAGUUAUUGAUCAAACAUUAGGAGAUUUUUAUGAUGAGUUUCUUGUUUCUUAUUUGACAAGGAUCUUGAUUUCAUGUUCACUUUUUACUUUAUAGUGUACUUAUAUAUAUAUAUAUAUAUAUAUAUACACACUUUUCUGAAGUUUUGUUCAAUUUAAUGCAUAUAUUUUGAAUGUCGAUUCAAAUUUAGCUAAA